GGGAAAAAAAGGGGGGGGGGAGGAGUAUGUGGGUGGAACGAGAUGGUCAGGGAAGUAUGAUGAGAAGUUGCGAACGGGUCGCAAAGACGGGGGACAAGAUCGCAGUCAGGGUCAGGGGUCAACGGGGGGGAGAUCAGGAUCCCAGGGGAGAGGGUCGGGGUUUCAGGGCGAGAUCGCAGUGGGGAGAGGAGGGGGGAUCGCAUGAAAAAUCGGGAUUGCGGAGGUCUGGAUCACAAUCGAAAGGGGGCUGGUCUCACCUGAAGCCCAAGGAUGGCGGUGGGGUCAGAGGACAAGGGGGAGGGAAGUUGGAAUCGGGGUCACGGGGUAAGGGGGGAGUCAGGGAGAAGCCCGGAUGCGGAGGGGGGAGACAGGAGGGUGGGGGAACGAGGAGGGGAGAGGAGGGGGGGGCGGCGGGGUCGGGAAGAUGGGGAGCAGAAUUGGGAUUACCGGAGGGAUCAGGAGGAUGGGAAGUCGGGAUCGCGAGGGGGUGGGAACAGAGUCGAAACAAGGAAGCGGAGCAGAGUAAGGGGGCGGCUGGAGGAUGGGGAGUCGGGAUCCGGGGGGGGACAGAGUCGGGGGGACGGGGAGUUAUGGGGAGACGGGAUGACGAGGAGAGCGGGAUCAGGAUCACAAGAGGGAUCGGGGUCGCAAGGAGGGAAGAGGGGUGUGGAGUCGGGAUCCGGGGGGAGUUAUGGGGAGAUGGGAUGACGAGGGGAACGGCAUCAAGAUCGCAGGAGGGAUCGGGGUCGCAAGGUAUGAGGAGAGACAGGGGUGCAGAGAUAGGGAAGAAUGGGGAGUCGGGAUCCGGGGGGGGGGUCGAGGAGUUGGGGAGUAUGGGGAAUCGGGAUCACAAGGGGGACAGAAUCGGAAUCGCGGAGGGAACGGGCGCGCGGGGAAAGAAGGGACUCAGAAAUCUGAGGGAUGGGGAGGGAUCCGGGGGGGAACAAAGUCGGGAAGAUAAGGAGGAUGGGGGAUUGGGAUCGCGAUGCAGAGCGGAAAAAAGAUGGGGAGUCGGAAUCCGGGGGGGGAUCGGGAAGAUGAGGAAUAUAGGGAAACGGUAUCGCGAGGGGAGCAGAAUCAGAAUCGAGCAGGGAUCAGGGUCACAGGGCAAGGAGGGACUCAGAAAACGGGAGGAUGGGGAAGGAGGCAGAGGGAACGGGUCGCGGGGCAGGGAGAGGGAUAAUUCGUAGCAGGGUCGCAGGAAAGGAAGGAAACAGAGAGAAGUCGGGUUCACCAGGGGAGCGGGGUCGGGGAGAAGGGAGUUGUUGCGGUGUGCUUACCUCCGGGCUGUUCCCCUUCCUUCACCGGGGAAGAUCCCCGGGGCCCCAAAGAAAGGGGGAGCAGUUACCCGAAGAUUCUUCAAGAUUUCUGCGUGUCGAGCUGCGUAGAGUCGGCGUCCUUCGCCGUCG